GCUAAGCAUUUUAGUCCUACGUCCUAAGCCUUGCUUCGCGACAUAGUUACUUGGUGGGUAAUAGCUAUCGUUACUGGAAUCAUAUGGGUCGAGCAUAUAUAUAUCCCGAGGAUCCUGCUCUCUUCAUUUCGAGUUCUCAUCACAAUACCACCUUCCACGACAACACAAUCGGAUCGGUAUUACGCAGGAUAAACAACAAAAUGGGUCGCACUCAAGUCCUCGUCUCAGCAGUCCUCGCGCUCGCGACUCUAAGCGUGGCAGUUCCCUUGCCCGGCUCAAGAAUAGGAUCGUUCAGGAGAGGAGCCUUAGCUCACAACACCUCCAGCAGCAUCACUUGGGGUCCUUGCUCAGACCAAUUCCCCUCAAGUCUCACUUGCGCGACGUACACCGUGCCCCUAGACUGGUCGAACCCGUGUAACGAGACAAUAGAGCUAGGUCUAGUGCGCCUCGCGGCUAGCGACGAGAGCGCACGCAUCGGAAACCUGUUCGUGAACCCGGGCGGCCCAGGCGGGCAGGCGUCGAGCCUCGUUGGUGGGCUGGCGCGGAGCCCGGAUAUCCUGGACCCGCAGAUCCUCGCUCAUUUCGAUAUAAUCGGUUUGGACCCGCGAGGUGUCGGCCUCAGCACACCAGUCCAGUGCGACACCGCCGCCUUCAACAAACGCGUGUCCUUCUUCCCCAAGACACAAGCCGAGUACGAUGAACUAGUCGCGUACAACAAGGCUCUAGGCGAGAGCUGCUACGCCAAAUCGGGACGUCUCAUCGACUUCGUCGACACCAUCUCCGCCGUGAAAGACCACGAAGCAGUCCGCAAGGCUUUAGGCGACGAGAAGAUCAACCUGUUAGGCUUAUCAUACGGAACCCAGCUCUUCAGUCAAUACGCCGAGCUAUUCCCGGACAACAUCCGGACCAUCGUGCUCGACGGGAAUCUGCAGCAUUCCCAGAGCGAGUCCUCGAACCUUCUCAUCGAGAGCGCCACAUACGAAGCCACACUCAAGAAAUUCUUCGAAUGGUGCACCAACUCCACCUCAGAAGAAUGCACGCUCUCCGGCUCCGACGUACAAGCCAAGUACCAAAGCGUCCUCGACAAAGCCAUCGCGGCCCCGAUCCCCGCGCCCGGCUGCGACAACACAUCCUGCCGGUCCGACGUAACAGACGAAGACCUCCGCUUCACAAUCCAAGGCUCCCUAAUCUCCACCUCGAACUGGCCCGCCCUCGCCGUCGCCCUCUCCCAAGCCGACGCCGGCAACGCCACCCUCAUCUCGCAGAACAACGCCCUCGCCGUCGGCGACGCCUACGCCGACUCCACUCUCCUAGCCGGCACCGCAAUCGCCUGUCAAGACUGGGACCACGCCUCCACCUCCCUCGCCGACGUCGUCGCAAAGGGAACCCUCGGCGCGAACUUCAGCCCCCUGACCCGCGGCGCUUGCCAGAGCUACAAGAUCCAGACCUCGUGUAUCGGCUGGCCGGCCCCUCUAUCUAACCCGCCGAAGAAAAUCGUGUAUAAAGGCGAAACCACGAUCCUACAGGCUCAGUCUACUUUUGACCCAUCGACGAGCUAUGCCUGGGGUCUGGGCUUGCACGCCGAGUUGGGCGAUGAGAAGUCCGUGCUGCUUGUGCGCGAUGGCGCUGGUCACACGAGUUAUUUGAGGGGUGGAGCUACGACUGCGGCGAUUAACGAGUAUUUCUUGAACUUGACGUUGCCGGAGCCGGGGACGGUGCUUGAUUCGUAGGGGGUUGAUAAGGGUGUGUGGGUAUGAGGAAAGAUUGGUACAUGUGUAUGGACCUAUGAUUGAAGAUGUAUGUGGGCAUGGCAUACUAUGAGAUGAGCCGAUUUGGAAACUUCGGAUUUGUAUAUAUUUAAGAUGGCAUUUAUAGAGUUUAUAUAUAGUGAAUAAUUCGUAUUACUUA